GCGGGGAGAGCGGGAGAAGGCCGCGGCGGAGGCAAGUGAGAGGAGGAAGGAAGCGGCCGCCCGGAGGGCACAGCUGCUCAGGCAGCGGCCGGGUUCCUGGGAGUGUCCGUGCGGCGCGGUGGUUGGGGCGGAUCCCGCGGGGCCCGGGCGGGGGAAGGAGUCACCGGCCCGGCCAUGGCGGACAACGAGAAAUUAGACAACCAACGGCUCAAGAAUUUCAAGAACAAAGGCCGUGACUUGGAGGAGUCAACUUCUCCGUUGAAAAAAACACCCCCGGCGUGAGAGGCCAUCCUGGUGAUGCUAACAGUGCCUUCCAGCGGCCUGUGUUUUACUCUGGAUAUAGCUGAUUCAAGAUGUGGCUCACGGUGUGCCCACUUCCAGGCAAAGGAUACCCCUUAUUUCAGCUUGUUCACAAAUCUCUUUAGCCCCUCCAGAGAGACCACCAGCUGCAUUCUUACAUUUAAAGUCCAAAGGGUUAUACAAAGCUGUCAUCCUCUAGUCUACAGUAUCCUUUCCCUCCACCUGCUGGUGGUGGUAAUGGGGGAUGGGGUGGGCUGUGGAAUGGCAUCAUCACGUUUUAUGAUUUUUAAAAAGGAAAAGAAAAAAAAGCUUCAUUGUCUUAGAUUCAGCUGCUUCCGAAAUUGUCAGUCUACAUAAGGUGUUAUGUGUUAAAUGCACGCAUUCACCGCCGAAAUUUUUGAUAAAAUACUUCACUUCAGCUUUAAGAAUUUAGGUUCCUAAUUUUUUAAUCCAUUCUGAGUCAGGAGUUUAGCUUUUAAGAAAAAGUGGUAAAGUAGUAUAGUUUAUGUUGGCCCUCUGCAUAUUUUAAUACUGUGAUCUUCAAAUCCCUAUGAUGUGUGUCUAAUCUUGAUUAUUUAAUUGGUUAAGAUAGUAACUUUUUUUGAGCUUUCACAGAACUAUUCAGCCUUUAAAGUAGUUUGUGUUCCUUUAGUGGUUUUCAUAUUUUGAGGGAGUACAUGUCUGGAGGUGUGGCUAUUCUCUGAUUGUGUUAAGGUUAACAUGAGAAUGAUUGCCCUGUUAUCCUUCUAAUGAAAAGAACUCUUUAUUGAAAUAAUUAACGUGCCAUAAAAGUCAGUACAGUUUAUGACUUCAAAUAAUUUGGUUGUGCAAGAAUGUGAUGGAAAUUUUUUUUACUAAUAUGAAUACUUAGAGUGAGAAAAAAAAUCACAACCUUAAAAACUGAUAAAUAUCACAGUUACAAAAUCCAGAAAAGUAGCUAUUAGGUGUUUGAUGAAUCCCUGUAAUCCUUUUUUCCCUCUGCUUUGUUAUUUCUGACAGGUUCACUGAGAUGUAAUUCUCAUACCAUCCAAUUCACCCAUUUAAAGUGGCUUUUGGUGCAUUCACAUAGUUGUACAACAAUCAUCAAAAUCAAUCUUAGAACAUUUUCACCACCCUAGGAAGAAACCAUUCUUCAUUAGCAGUGAUUAUCAGUUUCCUAAUUACCCCAACCCCAAGCAACUACUUUCUGUCUUUAUAGAUUUGCCUAUUCUGGACAUUUCAUAUAAAUGGAAUUAUACAAUAUGUCAUCUUUUAUGACAGCCAUCUUUCAAGUAUACCAUUCUGGCUCCUCCAAAAUAUGGUCAUGCUAACUUUCUUGGAACACAAAAGCAUCAAAGGAAAUAUAUACUAUGAGAAGACAGCGAAAUGAAGUUGUAGUUGAAUUAAGGAAGAAUAAAAGAGAUGAACAUCUCUUAAAGAGAAGAAAUGUACCACAUGAAGAUAUCUGUGAAGACUCUGAUAUAGAUGGUGAUUAUAGAGUGCAAAAUACCUCUCUAGAAGCUAUUGUUCAGAAUGCUUCAAGUGAUAACCAAGGAAUUCAAUUAAGUGCAGUACAAGCUGCUAGGAAGCUUUUGUCCAGUGAUCGAAAUCCACCAAUUGAUGACUUAAUAAAAUCUGGAAUAUUGCCUAUUUUAGUCCAUUGUCUUGAAAGAGAUGACAAUCCUUCUUUACAGUUUGAAGCUGCAUGGGCUUUGACAAAUAUUGCAUCUGGAACCUCUGAACAAACUCAAGCAGUGGUUCAGUCCAAUGCUGUGCCACUUUUCCUGAGGCUUCUUCAUUCACCUCAUCAGAAUGUCUGUGAGCAGGCAGUGUGGGCAUUGGGAAAUAUCAUAGGUGACGGGCCACAGUGUAGAGAUUAUGUCAUAAGUCUUGGAGUUGUGAAACCUUUACUUUCAUUCAUAAGUCCAUCUAUUCCUAUAACAUUCUUAAGAAAUGUUACUUGGGUUAUGGUCAACUUAUGUCGUCACAAAGACCCACCACCACCAAUGGAAACCAUUCAAGAGAUUCUUCCAGCCCUUUGUGUUUUAAUACAUCAUACAGAUGUAAAUAUAUUGGUAGAUACGGUCUGGGCCCUCUCUUAUCUUACUGAUGCUGGCAAUGAACAGAUACAGAUGGUAAUAGACUCUGGAAUAGUUCCUCACUUGGUUCCUCUACUCAGCCACCAGGAAGUUAAAGUUCAGACAGCUGCACUUAGAGCAGUGGGCAACAUUGUUACUGGAACUGAUGAACAAACACAAGUAGUUUUGAACUGUGAUGCCCUCUCACACUUUCCAGCACUCCUGACACAUCCCAAAGAGAAAAUUAAUAAAGAAGCAGUGUGGUUCCUCUCUAACAUCACUGCAGGAAAUCAACAGCAGGUACAGGCAGUAAUUGAUGCCAAUCUUGUACCAAUGAUAAUACACCUUUUGGAUAAGGGGGAUUUUGGCACUCAGAAAGAAGCUGCUUGGGCCAUAAGUAACUUAACAAUUAGUGGAAGGAAAGAUCAAGUGGCCUACCUUAUUCAACAAAAUGUUAUCCCACCUUUUUGCAACUUACUGACUGUAAAAGAUGCACAGGUUGUGCAAGUAGUACUCGAUGGAUUAAGUAAUAUAUUAAAAAUGGCUGAAGAUGAGGCAGAAACCAUAGCCAAUCUUAUAGAAGAAUGUGGAGGACUGGAGAAAAUCGAACAACUUCAAAAUCAUGAAAAUGAAGACAUCUACAAAUUGGCCUAUGAGAUCAUUGAUCAAUUCUUCUCUUCAGAUGAUAUUGAUGAAGAUCCCAGCCUUGUUCCAGAGGCAAUUCAAGGUGGAACAUUUGGUUUCAAUUCAUCAGCCAAUGUACCAACAGAAGGGUUCCAGUUUUAGAAAGAUAUUGUGGAAGUUAGGUACAAUGCAGCACUCAGAUAUAUAUAUAUAUAUACAUAUAUAUAAAAAGGUUUGAUCCAUCAAGCUUGGCUCAUGGGAUCUGCUGCUGCAUUAAAUCGGGAAAGAAAAUGUGAAGAUUUCAUUUGGAAUCACAGGAAAUGCCCAAAUGAGGUCAAGAUGGCGAGUGGGUGCGAGUGAGAAUGAGUGGCAAAAUGUAAUGAAAACUUUACGUGGAUGCUUAUUUAGGUUGUUCAAAGUAAAAAGGGCUACGGGUCACAGAUCUUCAGUGCCUGAGAAGGAACAUUGACUUACUCUAUAUCAAUUGAGGGGAAAGUGAAAUACUGUCAUCUUCAAGCCUUGUAAGCAUAAAAGAGAAUAGAGUGCCCAUAUAAGUCAAGGAAAAUGAGCCCAGGCCUUGCUAUAAAGCAGUGUGUGAAUGGACAAUGUUGAAUGAAUGUCUGGCUCAGUGAUAGAGAGCCAGGUUCAUCUUUCAAAUCUAGGGCUCUUCACUCAUGAAGCAGACUCCUAGUCCUGGAGUGACUGUGUACGAGAGUGUGGUUGUGGUGCUGUAUGUGAACGCAUGCAAGCUUGAUUCGCCUUCGGGGGGCUGAUAACAAACAUAGUAAAUCAUCAAAGUGAGAUCACAAGUGUUAAUGUACACUGGACAUAAAAACAAAGACCGGUUUAGCAGCAGACAUUGGUUUAUUCUGCAGCCUGUGUUUUCUAUUUCCCCUCUCCCCCAAAACCCUCACCCCAUUUUUUUUUUUUGUCAUCCCCCCCCCCAUUUUUAUUUACCUAGUAUGGCUCUUUUAGUUGCUUCUCAAGUCAGAAAACUUUUCAGGAAGGUUUCCCUGUGCAUUUGCACCAGAUGAAUGUUUGAUGCUAUGAAAAGCUUUCCAUAUCAUCAAAACUAAUUUGUGUAGAUUUUUGCAUGUAAAAAAAUCAUAAAUUUCCCUCAAAAUAGACUGUUGCAGUACACAAGUUACCAUAAUAGUAUAAAACAGUAAAAUGUGCUUAAAAGGCCGUUCUUUUCAUUUUCAGAGAUAACAUAAAGACCUUUGCAUGAGGUAAAUCUACAGCAUAGUUCAUUUUUAGAUUUUGUUGAGUCCUGUAAAGAAGAAGAAGAAAAAAGUUUCAGUUGUGAUAGAAUACCGUGCUGUGUUUAAAUGUUACUUGUUUUCAAAUUUUGUUUUCUAUGAAAAUGAUAUGGAAACUUCUAAAAUGGAAUUUGGUGCAUAUGUACUGCUGAAUAAAGACCGAUGAAGAGGUUUGAGUAGAUGUACAAAUCAAGUAAUAGUUUGAACACCUUUAAUAAUAUGCCUAAUCUGUUCAAUUGUUUUAGAAUCUUUUUAUCUUAGAUGUAGGCAGCCAUGAACAAUCUAUUUUGAGCCACUUUAGGGAGAAAACUUUGUAUUUUUAAAACUUGCAUAAAAGUUAUGCAAGUGGUUUUUAUAAAUUGGAAUAAUGCCUCAGUUUUGAGGUUAUGCACACUAAAUUAAAUGUGACAUAAAUUAAUUUGUACAAACAGAACUCUUUAUAAGGUGGCUCAUUGUAGGAAAUCCUGUGCCUUCCCCUUUGAGCACAAGUGUUGCAUGAACAACAGUUUGCUAUAAGAAACAUACCAGAUUAGCCACCAUUAGCAUCUAUAUCUACUUUGUGUUUAAAAAUCAACUGGUAAUUCUGAAACACUGUAGAAUGGAUAAAAAUUAUUUUGUGAUCAUAACUCUUUGUUGAACUAGAGUAUUUUUGCAGCAUUCCUUGUCAUCAGAAACAUGGUUAAAGUUUAAAACUAGAAGCAGCAGAAAACUAGCUUGUAAAAUUUAUCCAAGUAGAGUGCAGGCUAGGCUGUCUUGGGGAAAUAAACAUUAAAACUUAAAGCAAUGUUUUACAUGG